AGAGCCAAUCUUGCAUCAACAUUCCUAUCUAUCACCUCCAACACACACAAUUCAGCCCAGAUAACACCCCCAGCCAUGUCCGCCCCCGAGUCCGUUGUCCCCACCACUAUCGCCAGUGACAUCCCCAAGCCUGUCACUCCCGCCGAGGAGGUCAGCCAGCCCCCAUCCAAGGCCCUCGACUCCAUCGCCGAGUCCAGUCUGCUUGACAAGGCUCGUGAUGUCGCCAAGCCCGCGUAUGAUCAGUACCUCGAAAAGGCGGAGCCGUAUGUGAACAAGGUCUCGGAGACCGCAAAGCCUUAUGCCGACAAGGCGCAGGCCAGGCUCGAAAAGAUUCUCGACAAGAUUGAGGGUAACGAUCCGUCAACGACUUCUACACCCACUUCUGCCGGUACCUUGGACAAGUCUAUUGACAAUGCCGCUGCUACCACUACCGGAGCCGCUGAAAAUACCGCUGCUGUUGCCGCCGACACUGGGGACAAGGCCAAGCAGUACCUUGCCCAGGGACUGAGCGCUGUCCAGAGCACUUUUUCUCAACUCACCAACACCAUUGAGCAGAAGACGACCACCGAGUCUCAUCCCGGUUUCAUCACUCAGGUGACCAACGCCGUCAACAAGGGUAUCGACCGUGUUGAGGGCUAUCUGAAUGAACCCACCGACGUUUCUCUGGCUUCCCAGAAUGCUGCUCCUACAUCAGGAUCUGCUGCUGUGGCUGCCGCUGCCGGCGUCCCUGCUACUGGCGCCACACCUGCCAUCCCAGUUGCCGCUAUCCCAGUCGUCGCCUCAGAACCCGUUGCCUCAGAACCGGUUGUCUCUACCACUACCAACACUGUUCCCCAUACUUCGACCGCCUAGAGCUAUCUGUGCCACAUAGAUUUGGAUAAGUAAACGAGUAAUACGCUUUUUCAUGUGUUUUCUUCUUCUGGUGUAGAAGGGUCGUCUUGGGCUCUGGACGCGUCGCGGUAGACGCAAUCGUUUGUGAUCAUCUUUCGUUUUUCGCUUUUUUUUUCAGAAGGAUUUAUGCCAAAAAGAUGUAUGCAAUUGCUUUGCCCUAUGUG